AUGCCCAAGAAGGAGAUCAAAGAGGGCGGUAUCGGACAUGCUCAGUUCAUCAUCGAGAACACUGGCAAGAUCACGGACUACUACCAGAUGGACAAGAAGAAGCUGGGUGAGGGGUCGUACGGAUCUGUCACCAAGGCGACCAACAUCUCUACCAAGGCCAUCCGUGCCGUGAAGACCAUCUCCAAGUCCCAGAUGAAGAACCUUGAGCGCUUCAAGCAGGAGAUCGCCAUCAUGAAGAUGAUGGACCACCCCAACAUCAUCAAGCUCUUCGAGUCCUUCGAGGACCACAGGAACAUCUACCUGGUCAUGGAGCUGUGCUCCGGCGGCGAGCUGUUUGACCGCAUCAUCGAGUCCGGCCACUUCUCUGAGGUCCAGGCUGCCAUCCUGAUGCAGCAGAUCAUCCGUGCCAUCUACUACAUGCACGAGAACCACGUGUGCCACCGCGACCUGAAGCCGGAAAACUUCCUCUUCAUGACCAAGGAUCCCAUCGAGAAGAACUUCCUGAAGAUCAUCGACUUCGGCUUGAGCUGCAAGUUCAUCCCUGGCAAGCCCUUGUCCACCAAAGCCGGAACGCCCUACUACGUGGCACCCCAGGUCCUGGCCGGUAAUUACGACCAGCUCAGCGACCUCUGGAGCUGCGGCGUGAUCAUGUACGUCCUCCUCUGCGGCUACCCGCCCUUCUUCGGUGACACCGACUCCGAGGUUCUGGCCAAGGUGCGCUUGGGCAACUUCAACUUCAACCCCGCGGACUGGAAGAACGUCUCCGAGGAUGCCAAGAACCUGAUCCGUCACCUGCUGAAGAUGAAUCCCAAGGACCGCUACACCGCCGAGCAGGCCCUGAACCACGAGUGGAUCAGGAACAAGGCGCCGAAAGCGUCGCACGUGUCCCUGCAGAGCAACUUCGUGGACAACCUGCGCGGCUUCCGCUCCCAGAACAAGCUCAAGAAGGACCUUUCGGCUUGGAGAAAGGGCCGCCACGAUGCCCGAGAUGAGCGUUCACUCAAACGCUUCAAUGGCGAAGAAGAUGACCCGGGACGACAGCUGCGCAGAUGGCGUGCAUGGGCCGAAGCUAAGAUGUACACCAUGGACAAAUUGACAAACAAGCAGCAAGGCCCCUUCUUGUACACCCUUCUCGACGGAAAAGCGUUAGAGGCCGUGGAGCACCUGGAGCUCAGCUCACUCCAGGUGGAGGAUGGGGCCAGCAAGAUCCUCGCCGUGCUCAAGGAGAGGUUUCCUGAAAAGGAGGCCCAUGACCAGAUGGGCGAGGCUCUUGGCGAAGUGUUCGGCUUGGCAGCUCGCGAGAACGAGACAGUUCAGCAGUGGACCGCUCGAGUGGCAGAGGUCUUCACGAAGUGUCAUCGGAAAGCCGAUGUCAAGUUUCCAUCCCCUGCUCAGGGAUGGAUUGCUUUGAACUGUGCUGGCUUUAGCGAGGAGCAGAAGGCGAUCAUCAAAGCCAAGGCUCAGGGCAAGUUGGACCUUGAGUCUGUCACCUCGGCGAUGAGAUCCUGCUUCCCCCUCUACAAGGCCGGUUCCAAGGCCAAGCGGCCUACCACAGCGUUCCUCGCAGAGCCUUCCGAGAUCGACGAGACGAUUGAGGCGCCGGAAGACUUCGCAGAUGUGGAGGCAUUCCUUGCAGACCACCAGCUGGGAAGUGACCCAGAUGAAAGCAUCCCAGAGAACGAGGCUGCAGAAGCCCUUGCAGCCACAUGGAAGGAACGUCGUGCUGAAAUAGCCCGCUUCAAGAAAGAUCGCAAGUUUGACUCUGCCCAGCACAGCAAGAAGUCAUUCAGAGUUGAGAUCGAAGAACUCAAGCGAAGGACACGCUGUCGGAAGUGUGGUCGAGUGGGCCACUGGGCCAGAGAGUGUCGCUCUGGAGGUGGAAAGGGCGGCUCCUCGUCUUCAGCAGCCAGCAGGCCGACGGCUUCGUCUACGACUGGCGUAGUGGAGGCGCAGCUGGUCGAGCAGGAGGUGUCCCUGGCGCAGUACGAAGUCGACCCCGCUGAGGAACCCUCCGAUGUGAUGUUCGUUGGAAUGGCUCAGGUCGCCGCUCAGGCAGGAGUGCCUGUUCUGGCGGCGGGACUCGUGUCUUCACCGGGUUUCGGGGUUGUAGACUCCGGCUGUGGACGCACGCUCAUCGGAAAGGACACGCUCCAGCAGCUCGAGGCAAAGAUAGGCAGCAUGAUCGGCAAGACGCUUGAGACCUACCAGGCCACGAGUUCGUUCAGGUUCGGGAAUGGCGCCACGGAGGUUUCAAGCAUGGCCGUGAAGAUACCUGUGGGCAUCGGAGGGGUGCCUGGCAUCAUCGAUGCGGCGGUCAUCCAAGGUCGAGCUCCUCUUCUGUUGGGGCGUCCAACCUUAGAGAAGCUACAGGUCUCCUUGAACUUCGGCAACAAGACGAUGCGGUUCCUGAACGCUCAGGAGGCCGUGCCCAUGAAGGUCAAUGAUGCUGGCCAGCUUCUCAUCGACAUCCUCAGCUACCCCAGCCGCAUGGUUGCUCAUAAGCCUGUUCUUCCCGCUGCGGAUUCAGUAGAGGCAUCUGGGUGUAAGAAUGAUGUGGCUCAGGACGUCACGUGUGGCUUGCAGCCUUCACUGGAGGGACAUGUUGCAGUGGCGGAGUUGUUCUCGCCCCCUCGCCUGACUGAACAGGCUCGCCAGCAUGGAGCAACGGGGCUGGCGUUUGACAUUAAGCAGGGGUGUGAUUUAGGAUGUAGGAGCACGCAGAAGGAGGUAGACCAGUUGCUUGAAGAGGCCAGACCUGCCUUACUCACAGCAUCUCCCCCAUGCAUUCAUUGUGGUGACUGGGACAGUCUUCACAUGAUCCACAGGACGCCUUUGGAAAGAGCCCGCAUGCUGAUGGUGAGCCGUCAGCAGUUUCGCUUUUGUGCCCAGCAGAUACAGCGCCAACUGGCGCGCGGCGGUCAUUUUCUCCUUGAACAUCCGGAGCGAGGACCUGUCCCGGAUGCCACAGGCAUCAGCACAUCCAGGGCCAUGCAAGUUCGGGGGGUGAUCCCCUGGACUGGACUGCCUUGGAAUGCGAAUGCCUCGCAGGAAGCGCUUUCCAAAGAGCACCUGAGAUCCCGAGACAACACGAAGCGCCUGCAGCAAAUGAGCAACCUGAAGUUAUGGUUCCAUUGCAUCGCACCGAAACUGGUGAAACCACUCGAGACGCUCUUCGCGAUCGGUGGGUAUCGUGGGCCGGCCCUCCUCAGCAAAGUGGAGCGGCAUGGCCAAUGGGUGUGUCGGGUUUUCCAGCGCGUUCUGGAUGAGAUCCGUCCCCAGUCAGAGGCGCCUCACCUGGGUGCCGUCGAUGCCGAACAGGCAGAACCAGCCACAGUGGCAGAGUUUCCGGAGAGCGAGCUCCUAGGCGUUAAGACACUGCUUGAAAAGGGUCAAUUCCCGAAAAGCCAAUUUGUGGAUGUCACUCAGGAGAGCCGCCCUCCAGAGGCCCCUGAAGAGGCUCAGGCCACGGUUGAUGAGCCGUCACAAGGCCUUGCGGGUCUCAAUGCAGCGCAGUGGCUGGAACAGCACAGGCAGACAGCAGCAGGGACCGAGAGCCCGAAAGCUCCAGAAGUGUCUUGCUCGGCCCCUGCCAGGGCCAACGCAGAACCCUACCCUACAACACUUCCUGAAGCCAGCCCAAAGGAAGAAUCGUCAUACGCCCCUGUCAGACGCAUCGUCCGCAAAACUCCUGAGAGCAACCUCCGUCUCCGUAGAUUGCCCGACUCUAAUCCUGAAGACUUCGCUGAAAUGAUGUCUGAAAUUGUUCCUCGCCUUAUAGCCCAACUACCCCAAGAGGUCCCGGGAGCAAGCCCUAGUAGUAGCUCAGACGUACCGCAGACUGUGCAACCAGAGACCCCCAGAGCCAGUAGCCAGAAGCGGGCGGCCAGCAAUGAGCCGACAGAGUCUCCUGAAGGUGUGAGGCCUCGAACUGUGUCCACAGAGGCUCUCUUUUGUCAAGAAACUCUGGACAUGGAGCACUUGCAUAGCAGCCAUGUGGAGAUUCUGAUGGCUGCAUUUCUGCAGAAGCGAGCUCAGAAAGAGCUCCCCGCCACCGGAAAUACUCCGGACAUGCAGCAUCGCAUCGACGAGGCAAAACUCGUUGAGUGGGAGACGGUGUCCGGCAAGGCAGCUGUAAGAGUGCACGCGGGGGCUAAGGCCAGAGAAAUCAAGGAGAAGUUCGGGCAUAGGUUCAUCGGCAGCCGGUUUGUAGUUACGAACAAGGUUGAUGAAGAGGGAUCUAGAGUAAAGGCGAGAUGGUGCUUGCUUGGACACAACGAUCCCGACUUCCAUCAGAAGAUUGCUUCGGGUGAGUGUCACAGCCCAACGAUGCACCAGUUGUCGCGCGCCUGGCUGCUUCAAGUCCUUGUCUCCAAAGGCUGGACCCUAAACCUAGGCGAUAUAAAAGGCGCUUUCCUCGAAGCAGGUCCAAUCCCUGAAAAAUAUCGUCCUCUAUUCGCCGCGCAACCCCCUGGAGGGAUUCCGGGCGUAGACCCCUCAGCUGUUAUAGAAAUAGUGGGGAACCUCUACGGCGCUAACGAUGCGCCGGCCCAGUGGUACAAGGAGUUUGAUGCUCAGGCGCAGGCCGCAGGGUUCCAGCGUAGCAUCUUCGACCCAUGUUUGUACUACUACCGAGAGCCUCAAAGAGGGCUAACGGGGAUCCUAGGGGCACAUGUGGAUGAUACCAUACCGGGGGGCGAAGGGGAAGCGUACAACCGAGCCAUUCAGAGGCUAAAGGCGAGGUUUCAAUAUCGUAAAUGGAGACAGGGCAGUGGGGAAUUUUGCGGAGUUCAAUACUUCCAAGACCCUGAGUCUAAAGAGAUCACUUAUGAUCAAAAAGCAUACGCGCAGAACAUAAGACCCAUCGCCAUGACAAAGGAUCGACAGAAGCAGCGGAAACAGCUGGCGACUGAACGUGAGAUCACGGCUCUCCGAGCAGUGAACGGUGCCCUCAACUGGCUUGCGUCCCAAACCCGUCCUGAUAUCAGCGUUCAGGCCUCCUUCUCACAGCAGGCGUUCCCCAGUCCUACUGUUGAGCACCUCCUGUCCGCCAAUGAGGCGGUGCACCGAGCCCGUCAGUACAGUGACGUGGCGCUCACUGUUCGUCAUGUGCCCUGGGAAGAUCUCAAUAUAGUUUUCCAUAGUGACGCUGGGUUUGCUAAUGCUUCACAGGGUAAAACCCAAGCCGGGUACAUCCUCGCGUUCACAACUAGUCAGUUGGCCAAAGAUCAGCCCAGUGUGUGGUCACCCUUUUGCUGGAAAUCAUACAAGAUGUCCCGAGUAGUGGCGUCCACGCUUGCUGGUGAGACGCAGAGUUUCGCUACUGCGAGUGGAAUCUCUGAGUGGAUGUCUCUCAUGGUGUCAGAGGCUAAGCACGGGUGUUUCGACCUUAGGGCCUGUGAAGAUCACCUUAGAUGUGUGCCCAUCACAGGGGUGACAGACUGCAAGUCCUUGUUUGAUGCACUCAACACUCCGACAUCGCCAGGCAAGAUUGAAGACAAACGCGUCGCCAUUGACCUGGCAAUCGUUCGCCAGUCCAUGUCUCGUUGUGGUUUGCAGGUCAGGUGGUGUCCCACUCAGCUUAUGAUUGCAGACGGGCUCACCAAGAACCAAGCAGAUCCCGCUGACCUCAUGCGCGCAUUGCUAGCUAACGGGGUUUAUCAGCUGUCUAACGAGGCCGAGGUGUUGGCACAGAAGAAGGCGCAACGAGACAGGCGUGUCCAGAGAAAGCCUUUAGGGAGCACGAACAGCCCGAACUAUGAGCAGAGCCAAACUCCAGGCGCAGUCUUUCGAAAGGUGUACCUAGAUCACGAAGCUACUUCAUAUCAUUCCCCUGAAGAAGAACACAUCGUUCAAGGCAAGGCUGUUCGUCGCACCUCUUUCGACGCACGCAGCGGGAAAGUUCUCGCGUCAGAGGACCUCCAGGAGUCCUUACUGUGCGAAAAGCAGUGGCUAUCCAGCCCUGUGUCCUUGCUUCGAACAGAGAUCUGGUAUGAAAGGCAACCCUUUUCGUGCACCUUGGACCGCAUGGCGCCCAAGCAGAAGACCAGCUCACCCUCCUCGUCAUCGGUGUCUCCAGUUGAGCUUCGGCAUCUUGUGGAGCGCCUUCAGGCGGAAGGGCGUGGAGAUGAUGUGCUGAACGUGCUCCAGCAGGCCUUCGGUACGACGCAAGCCUUGAGCUCCAACCAGGAAAUGAUGCAUGGCAUGACGGAUGCCCCGAAGAGGCGUCUCAGUGACCAGGACGUGGAGGACUACGGCUUUGAGCACGUGCGUGAGCCCUCAGACCAGGCUCCGCUACAUCCUGCGCCAACAGUGGCAACCACGGUGAACCUCCCCACAGGCGUGACCAGCCUGGAACAGUGGAGCACCACGCUCUGCACAUUACCAAAGGUGGCAAGUCUUCAGCUGAGCUACGCUGAACUUGUGGAGCGGGCCAAGAACGAUGCCAGCGUCCGCAGCUACAUUGAUGGCUUCGUUGUGCCCUUCAACGGCAGCUCCGCGAAAGUAAAGGAUCUGCAGAGGUACCUCAAGACCUCCGGCUACCAGGUGCCUGUGACCUACUACGAAGGAAGCAAAGAUCCUCGAGUCUUCAAGCAGUGA